AUGUUUGGAAAGUUUGGUAAAAAGUAUUUAAAAAACCAUGAAAGGAUUUUAGGCAAUAGUAGUAGAAGGCGUCAAUUGUUCCCUAAAAAAAAUAAAAAUAAAAAACCAGUAUCAAAUGGUCCUGACGCAGACUAUGGUAUGGCAGAACCUCUUUCUGUAGAUUUUACCCCAGAAGAAAUUGAGGAUAAAAAAAAUAAAUUUCUUGCCAAACUUAAAAAUACAAAUUUUGUACAAAUUGAAAUUGAUACAAGAGAGCAGGCUGAUAAUCAAUUAUGGUAUCAAGAACGUAAAAUUCGUUUGACAGCUUCGUCAUUUGGCCAAAUAUGUAAGAUGAGACCCAAUACAAGUUGCAAAAAUUCUGUUUAUAACAUUCUAUACGCAACUAAUGUGCAAGCAAAAUCUCUUCAGUAUGGAAAGUACAUGGAGAUUGCUGCACGUAAAAAGGCUGAGGAAACCAUGAAUUUUACUGUACAACCUUGUGGAUUAUUUAUAGAUACAGAGUUUCCCUAUUUGGCAGCAAGUCCAGGUAUUGUAUAAGAUACCUAAUGAGUUAUAUGUUAUCAAUAUUUUAUUCAUUUUACAUAAUAAUAUGUAUUAUAUUAUAAUGUAUUUAGAUGGUUUGAUUGGGGAAGAUAGUGUCAUAG